AGAUGUGCAUUGGUCGUAUUUUGCAUUGCAUACGUCCUCCGGCAGCGUUUAUGCAGUUGGGAGCAAAAGGGUGACUGGGGUUUGCAGGAGGAGGACUAGAGGUGUUAGCCCUAUACGCUAACUUGCACUCACAGGCUGUGCCUCCAAACCUGGGGAGCAGCCUACCUAGACAGCUUUUUAGUGGAUUAUCGGAGCCUUUGAUAAAAACAGAAAUUCUGACUGGAGUUGACAUGGCAGACAAAAAAGGAAAAUCUGUGGCAGUGAAGAGGACACUAACAAAAAGAGAGCAAGAGGAAAUCAAGAAAAAGGAGGAGGAGAAAGCUGCUGAAGUAUUUGAGGAAUUUUUAGCUUCAUUUGACACUAGUGACAAAAGUGGUGUGAAGACCUUUGUACGAGGUGGCAUUGUAAAUGCAACUAAAGAGGAAGAAGCCGCAGAGGUGAAGAAAAGCAAACUGUACAGACCUGCCACUAAAUUCACUUCUCCAUCUCACAAUGCCUCACAUGUGUCGUCUGCAGACAGUAAAAAAUCUGCCUCUAAAAAGAAAGUGGAAGAGAAAAAGAAGAGUAAUCUGGAGCUUUUUAAAGAGGAGCUUAAACAAAUACAAGAGGAAAGAGAAGAGAGACAUAAAAGGAAGAAAGGAGACUCUGGAGGAGUGUUUCCUGAUGUGGAUUUGCCCCUGACGCGACGAUCAAUAUUUGAUGAUGACCCUGCAGUGCCAAACACAACAAACCUGUAUAUUGGCUGCAUCAACCCCAAGAUGACAGAGGAGAUGCUCUGUAAAGAGUUUGGGAAAUACGGCCCUCUUGCCAGCGUUAAGAUUAUGUGGCCUCGCACGGAGGAAGAGAGAACGAGGGUCACCAAUCGUGGUUUUGUUGCUUUCAUGACACGAAGAGAUGCGGAACGAGCUUUGGCCGCCCUGGACGGUAAGACAAUAAUGGGUUUUGAAAUGAAGCUGGGUUGGGGUAAGGCAGUACGCAUUCCCCCGCAGCCUCUUUACACUCCCAUCGGGGUGCUGAAGACCACUGCCCCCCCUCCACCAUCUGGGCUGCCAUUCAAUGCCCAACCCAGAGACCGCUUCAGGAAUGACUUUACCAAGCCACGCAGCCGCUCGGAAGACGAUUUUUACAAGACUCUGUCCGAGGCCGUAGUGACAGUGGUAAUCCCCCCAGAAAGGAACCUGCUGUCCCUGAUACACAGAAUGAUUGAGUUUGUGGUGAGAGAGGGACCCAUGUUUGAGGCCAUGAUCAUGAACCAGGAGAAGAACAACGCUGACUUUAGGUUUUUGUUUGAAAACAAGAGUCAGGAGCACGUGUACUACCGAUGGAAGCUAUACUCCAUUUUGCAGGGAGAGAGCCCAAAUAAAUGGAGAACUUCAUCUUUUAGAAUGUUUAGGGGCGGCUCCAUGUGGAAGCCUCCCGUCCUCACCCCGUAUCUCCAUGGCGAUGAGGAAGCAGAAGAGAACUCUUUCCCUAUUCAAGAAGAAGAGCCAAAGAAAGGCCAGCUGAAGGCGGAACACAGAGAAAAGUUAGAAGCUCUGCUGAGAGGGUUGACUCCUCGCAAAGAGGAGAUCGGUGAUGCCAUGCUGUUUUGUCUGGAGAGAGCAGAGGCUGCCGAGGAGGUCGUCUCCUGCAUCACAGAGUCUCUGUCCAUACCACACACACCACUACAAAAGAAGAUUGCCAGACUAUACCUCAUAUCUGACAUCCUCUACAACUCCUGCGCCAAGGUUGCCAAUGCGUCAUAUUACCGCAAAUUUUUUGAGACAAAACUGCCUGAGAUAUUUGGAGACAUCAGUGAAACAUAUCGGAACAUCCAGGCCAGACUCCAGGCAGAGCAGUUUAAGCAAAGGAUCAUGGUGUGUUUCCGUGCGUGGGAGGACUGGGCAAUUUAUCCAGAUUCUUUUCUGAUCCAACUGCAGAAUAUAUUCCUAGGGAUCAUCAAACCUGGAGAGGAAGUGAUUGAAAAGCCAGAGCCUGCAUCUCCAGAUCUUGAUGGGGCACCGUUGGAUGGUGUUCCUCUAGAAAGAAGUGAAAUUGAUGGGGUUCCCCUCGAUGACCUUGAUGGGUCACCUUUAGCCUGGGACCCAGCCUCUUUAGAUGGUGUACCGGUUGAUGACAUUGACGGUGUUCCCCUGGGAAACCCAAUAGAUGAUAUCGAUGGCGUGCCAUUGGAUGAUGGCUCAGAUAAGACUUUACCCAGCGUUGCUUUGUCCAAAUGGGAAAAGGUGGACGACUCGGAGUCAUCAGCAAAAAAUGACUCGGACACUGAGCUGAAUUCAAGCGGCCUGAAGGAGAACGAAGGCGACUCUGACGCGAGCAGCGAUGAGGCUGACAGCCCCAGCAGGUUCGAGGGGGCGGAGUUUAAGAGUUCCCUGAAAAACUUUGAGCUGUCUGAAAGCAAAAGGACACACCUCCGAGAACUGGAGGUCAAGGUAAUGAAGUUUCAAGAUGAAUUAGAGUCAGGUAAGAGACAAAGAAAAUCAGGCAUGACUCUCCAACAGCAAGUUCAGCACUACAGAAAUCGACUGCUACAGAAGGAGUUUGACAAGGACGACCAAGAGAAGCGAGACAAACGGUCACAGAAAUCUAAAGAGAGAUCCAAAAAAGAUGAGCGUAGAGAUAAAGGAGAGGAAAGAAGUAAAACGCGAGAUAAAGAGAAGAGCAGAAAGAGUGAAGACAGAGAGAAGAGUAGAGGACGGAGUCGAGACAAAGAUGAGAGGAGAGAGAGAACGAGAUCCCGAUCACCACGGAAGUCCAAGCGCUCCCGAUCACCAUCACCGCAGCACAAAUCCUGGAGGUCAUCGUCCCGAUCACCACAUCGCUCGCACAAAAAGUCCAAGAAGAGCAAACACUGAACUCCAACCCCUUGAACUCUGCAGUCAUCUCCAAACACAGACCGGCAGAGCCUUAGGGCAGCUCUCGUCUUGCACAACCGCAUUUCUGUUCCACAGUGCUUUAAGGAAGGACUGGGCGAUCCAUUCGCUUCCCGAACGAUCUUUUAUGUGGCUGCUGCAAUCACGACCCUGGGCUUUGCUGAAUUUUUCUAAGAUAAGGUGUGAACUUGUACAGAUCUCGUUUUUGUUUUGUAAACCGUUUUAUUUGUGUUUUCCUCUCUCGGUUUGUUUUAAAUCCAGUGUUGCUGCAAGAUGGGCCCAUCCUCCACCACCUUUACAAUAAAAAACACUCUGGAAGGACAAAUGUGUUGGUGUAAAUGUUAUGCAAGAGGUUCUCAUCAGAUCAUAUUUGAAAGCUUCGUAGUGGAAAUAGUGGUGUCAGUGACCAUUUAUAUACACAAUGUUGUUGUUUUAUUAUGCAGAAUAUGGCAAUGUUUUGAGUUUAAACAAAUUGGCCAAAUCUCUUUAAAGAUUAUUAAUGUAGAUCAUAAGAUGCCUUACUUAACUAAACAUUCAUAUCUUGCCAAUGUCUAAACACCAGUCAUUCUGGAUGAUAUUAGCGUAGAUGAUUGUUGUAUGAGGCGAGAUAACAACUAAUUGUUUACUUUUUACAAACACCGAAAGUCAUGCAAUUUAUUGCACUUUUGUAUGUUAUUGAUAAGAACCUGGAUACAAACUGAGUGUCAGAUUUACAUGUAAAUAAUAAAUCAUCCGAGAAUCUUAAAA